AUGGCGAUCCAAUAUCUGAUUCUCCUAUCCCGACAGGGCAAAGUGCGCCUCGCCAAGUGGUUCACUACCCUGUCCCCCAAGGAUAAGGCCAAGAUUGUGAAGGACGUUUCUCAACUGGUCCUGGCCCGUCGAACGCGCAUGUGCAACUUUAUCGAGUACAAGGACACAAAGAUCGUCUAUCGUCGAUACGCCUCCCUCUUCUUUAUCGCCGGCAGCGCGUCGGAGGACAACGAGCUCAUCACCCUCGAGAUCAUCCACCGAUACGUGGAGCAGAUGGACAAAUACUACGGCAACGUUUGCGAGCUCGACAUUAUCUUCUCUUUCACGAAAGCCUACUAUAUUCUCGAUGAGCUGCUACUCGCGGGCGAGUUACAAGAAAGCAGCAAGAAGAACGUACUCCGGUGCAUUGGCCAGCAGGACUCCCUGGAAGACAUGGAGGUCGAGGACGAGGUUACCAGGCUCAUGUAG